AUGGAAGCUAAGAAAACCAGGAAAAUGAAGCUAACCCCAAGAACUCGAGAGAAACUAGGUCACUGAAAGAGGUCUCAGAAGGCAAACUUAGCUUCUAUGUUGGUGACUCAGGUUGAUAAAGGCAGCUCUAAGCCUCAGUUAAAUCCAUUCAUGAAUCCAUAUAUUAAUAACCAGGCUAAAAAUCAGAUUGUUUUACCAAAGCAAUUGAAGAAGGAUCAAGGCAAGAAAACUCUUGUCCUAGAUCUAGACGAGACUUUGGUGCAUAGCAGCUUUCAACCACCUGGAGCUUAUGAUCUCUUACUUCCAGUUGAAAUCGAAGGCCAAGUAUGAUAUGUUUAUGUACAGAAAAGACCAGGAGUUGAUAAGUUUUUAAAAGAGAUGGCAAAAUACUAUGAACUAGUUAUCUACACAGCAUCUUUAUCAAAAUAUGCGAAUCCCUUGCUCGACUGGCUAGAUCCACAGGAUUUAUGCUCUCAUAGAUUAUUCAGGGAGCAUUGAACUUUCCAAAGUGGGAUCUUUGUCAAGGACCUCGAUAGGCUAGAUAGAGAUUUAAAGGACACUAUAAUCAUAGAUAACAGCCCUGCUUCGUAUUUCCUUCAUCCUCAAUGAGCCUUGCCAACCACUUCUUGGUAUGACGACAUGGAGGAUACUGAGUUAUAUUUGCUAGCUGAAGUUUUAGAGCCUUUAUCGAAAGUGCAGGAUGUGAGAGAGAUCAUUGAACAUAUUGUUUUCGAAGACAAAGUACUCUUCAACAAAGCAAGCCAGAUCUUAAAAGGAGGUAAACUUGGAGAACGGUCUCAGAGCCAAAACUCUAAUAUGCGCAACCCUCAAUCAACAAUCAAUGACUACCUCGCAGGCAUGAAUCUUAGUCAACAGUCUGGAGAUUUAAAUGAAGAGGAAGAAAAAGUUGAUAAAAAUUCUAACAACAAUUGAGAUUCUGCUGUUUCAUAUUUCAAAACAUUCAAUUCACCUAUAAGAAAGAGUAAAACCAGGAACAAAAUAGGACCAAGAGGAGGUUCUCAAAGGAACAACCAUCAACAUGAUCAUGACCAGCUGCAUUUUAUGCCAAAUGCGAAUUCCCUAAAGCUGCAUCCAUCAAAUGCUUUGAAAAACAGUUGGGUACAAAAAUCAGAGAAUGAGGUUCAAUCUCAUACAAAUAAAGACUUAACUCACUCAAACAACCAAGGCAGCAGAAAUAGGAAUACAUUCCAGACUUCGACUCUGAAGAAUUAUCCAGAUAAAAGCUCAAUAAUGAAAACUUUAAACAACCAAAUUUACUUGAAGAAGAUCGAUGGAAAACAUUCCUCAGUUGCCAGAACUUUCAGAACAAAGGCUAGAAAAGACAAUUCCUCCCUUGAGAGAUACAGCAGCCUCAGUCACAGAAACAGUAAUGAGUUCCGGACCGUUAGAAGGAAAAGAGAGUUAAUGUUGUUCAGCAUUGCUAAAACUGGCCGAAACCAUAAGCUUGAUAACAAGUUUAACACUAUGAAUAAUAGCCCAGAACAUAGCCCCAAAAGAAGACCAAAUAAAGUGGGAUAUUUAAAUAACCACAGAAGUUAUUUGAAUAAGAUUGUUUUAAAGAACCAUGCGAAAUCGCCUAAUUCAAUCCUAGGCUCUGUCAAUGAUCAAGAAAGCUCUCUAAGGAUUACUCAGAUAGGCUCAAAUACUAAUCACAGGGGUCUCAAGAUGCCCAGUUUUGUGACUAUGAUUGGUAAGAAAGGUUAAGAAAUCCCUAAUGAAGUAAUUUCAAAUUUAAAAUAAGC